AUGUCGACCGUCCAUGAUCGGGUAGCUGAUGAGGAUAUUAUGGAGUCUCUAAUUUGCUCCGAUCAACUUUACGAUCACCAGUAUCGUGACAACAUUCGAAACAUUUUCCUGCCCAACGGCCGAGACUCUAGGCUUUAUGCCAUCGCAACAGAGGCAUGCAGCUCAGAGGCAACGCUCUAUAUGCAUUCGGAUGCCGACCCGGAAGAUGAAAAGAGUGCUAUGCAAAUCUUUCAACCCUCCUCAAAGGCUUCGCACGACGGGGUUCCCAGCGACUUGAAUGACGCCUCUUUUGAUGUGCUUUUAGAUGAAGACGGCAACAAGCUGAGACUUCUGAAAGACCAUCAAGACCUUGAAGAUUUCUUGACGACUCAUCAAGGUCCCGUCGUCUUUCACAUACGACAAGAUUAUUCACACGGCCCGUUGCUGCUGACCGAAGAGGUCUAUGAAGCAUUACGGACGCGCUUUGGAAUUUUCAACAGAUUUAAAGACAUUCUCCUAUACCAAGGACGGCGGCAAGACGAGAUAGAGGUUGCGCCUCCUAGAGUACAGCUGAACAUGCUGCCACAAUCUGUGAGCCGCUGGUCGAGCACAGGUUUUGAACUUGCAUAUUGUAUAAGGUAUAUUCAACCUAACGGAAGGAAAGAUGCACCGUGUCCGUGGUCUCUUCGUCAGUUUGUCGUCUACCAGAGAAUUGAUUCAGCGACAUGCUCCAUGUUAUCGAUCUUUGUGUCGCUACCUGCGGCAGCACAGCGGCUAUCUUACCAAUUAUCCGGAGAAGGAGAUGCUGUCGGUGUAAAAGGCGCACUCGAACUCCAUCAAGCAGUGCAGAAAUGGGCUGUGGCUCAGUGGAGACCAUACCUGGUUUACCUUUCAGAAAUUUUGAGUGACCAUACGACCAAACUUCUACUUGUUUCUCACGGCCAAGGUGAAGCUGCUGAGCUGGCCGACUUCGGCCUUCGCCAGCGAUUGAAAAUGCUACAAGACGACAUCCUUGACACAUUACUGUGCUUGAAAUCGAUGCGCUCAACGGUAGAGGAUACCAGCAGUGCGGUUGACACCGUCCUUUCUCGCAUGCAAGGAGACGAUAUUUCAGCUAAGGUCGCCCAGGGUCGCAAGGACGUCUGGCGCACUGAUACUCUGAAAGAGCUUUCACUGCUCCUCGAACGUGCUGAUAAUCUGCAUGCAAAAUUGAAAAGCUCCAUUCAACUGCUUUCAAGCUUUCUUGAUCUUGAAAGUGGCUACAUUCUUCAAAAGCUAUCGCUUCAAGCUCAAGAGGAAAACAUCAAGAUGGAGGGCAUAGCGAGAAGGAGCAUGGAAGAUGCGGCUGCUGUCAAACUUCUAACCAUCAUUAUGCUUUUAUACCUGCCGGCUACUAUAGUCCUCAACUUCUACUCAACGGAGUUUAUCAGUAAGACCACGUCGCAAAACGGCGAUGUUGUUACAGUCGUAGACCAUGACUGGCCCAUCAUGCUCGCCAUAUCAUUGCCGCUAACAGUGGCGACGGUGGGCUGCUGGUGGCUCUGGACGAAGCUGCGAUCUGGGAAGCUGCGAGCAUUUUGCGCCAAUCUGAUGCCCAGAGGAAACGCCGACAGCCCAUGCUGA